CGCUGGUAUUUAUUAGUUGUGAAAAAGUAAUGUUGGAUGAUAUAUAGAGUUGUAAAAUGACAUUUUAUGAUUAUAAUGAGACAUAGAAGAAGAAUUUAGAGUAACCAUGCGAGAAAGAAAAUUUUAGGGUUUAGGGUACCAAGUUGGAACUCGCACUCGUGUAGCCCAAAACUAAUGGAAUUAGCCGACGCAAGGCAAGCUUUCCGCUUCCUAUUUCGGAUUGGGAUCAUCAGCGGCUGUAGCGUGGACCCGACGGGGGUGUCCGGACCACAUCCCUAUUUCAUCUUGGUACCCCGUCCGUCUCCGAUUUCAGAAGCACGGCGGGCUCCCCGGCAGCCUCUACCGAGCAGAAAGCUGAGUUCUACCCCAGGUGAGAGCUGAGUUCAAAUUCCCAAUUCUCCUCCUUGCUUUCGCAGUUGACAUUUAGGCUGGGUCCUUGCGCCGGGCGGGUAUGGGAAUAAAUUUCGGCGGAUGGGGAGGAAAUUUGUGCCUCUCCGCUGGCUGGCUUGCUGGCAUUGGGAAGGGCCCUAUUACUCGAACCGAGGCAUGGAGGACGAAGAAAACAUCGAGGGAGAACUGUUGCUCGUGGAGUCACAACUCCACGACAUCCAAGGACAAAUUAAAACAUUACUCGAUCGCCAAGAGGAGUUGUAUGAACGCCAGGCACAGUUGAAGGCUUUGCUCGAAGCAUCUAAAUUGACCAGAAAUACAACAAUUAACACAUCUUCAGUUGCUCCGGAAGAUUGGUCUGGGAGCUUCCCAUGGGAUCUGGAGGCUGACGAUACCAGGUUCAAUAUAUUUGGCAUUUCCUCCUACCGAUCAAAUCAACGAGAAAUAAUUAAUGCAGUCAUGAGUGGAAGAGAUGUUCUGGUCAUAAUGGCAGCUGGUGGAGGGAAGAGUCUAUGUUACCAGCUCCCAGCUGUACUUCGUGAUGGAAUUGCACUGGUUGUCAGUCCUUUACUUUCCCUUAUUCAGGACCAGGUCAUGGGACUGUCAGCUUUAGGUAUACCAGCAUACAUGCUAACUUCAACUACCAACAAGGAAGUUGAGAAGUUCAUCUAUAAGACACUUGAUAAAGGAGAAGGAGAACUAAAGAUAUUAUAUGUGACACCUGAAAAGAUCUCAAAAAGUAAAAGGUUCAUGUCUAAGCUCGAGAAAUGCCAUCAUGCCGGUCGUCUUUCUCUGAUUGCAAUAGAUGAGGCUCACUGCUGUAGCCAAUGGGGUCAUGAUUUUCGUCCUGACUACAAGAAUCUUGGCAUUUUGAAAAUUCAAUUUCCCAGUGUUCCAAUGAUAGCUUUAACUGCAACUGCAACAAGUAAGGUCCAAAUGGAUUUAAUGGAGAUGCUCCACAUCCCGAGAUGCAUCAAGUUUGUCAGCACAGUUAACAGGCCCAACCUUUUUUAUAAGGUGUCUGAGAAAUCGCCAGUUGGAAAGGUUGUCAUUGAUGAGAUCACAAAGUUUAUAAGUGAAUCAUACCCAAAUAAUGAGUCUGGAAUUAUAUACUGCUUUUCAAGGAAGGAAUGUGAACAGGUUGCAAAAGAACUGCGCGAAAGGGGUAUUUCAGCAGAUUAUUAUCAUGCAGACAUGGAUAUCGUUAAUCGUGAGAAAAUUCAUAUGCGUUGGAGCAAAGGUAAAUCACAGGUCAUCGUUGGAACAGUGGCAUUUGGAAUGGGAAUCAACAAACCAGAUGUUCGAUUUGUUAUUCAUCACAGCCUUAGCAAGUCUAUGGAGACAUACUACCAGGAGAGUGGUCGGGCCGGACGGGAUGGAUUACCUUCAGAAUGUAUUUUGUAUUAUCGGCCUGGUGAUGUUCCACGGCAGAGUUCAAUGGUGUUCUAUGAAAACUGUGGCCUGCAAAAUCUUUAUGACAUCGUGCGGUAUUGUCAGUCUAAGAGGAGUUGUCGUCAUGGUGCAUUCUUUCGCCAUUUUGGAGAGGUCCCUCAGGACUGCAACGGAAUGUGCGACAAUUGUGCUUCCACUAUUGAGCAGAAGGAUAUUGAUGUCACCUACCAUACAAAAAUUAUAGUUUCACUUCUUCACGAUAUGCAACUUAAUGAUCAAAGAGCUACACUACUACAGCUGGUGGAUAAGUUCAAGUCAAAGUGGAAAGGUUUAGUUCUUCUACGCUUUGGAGGAAAAAAUCAUUUCAACCGAUCUUACAUUACAGCUGAUAAUGUUCAAGCAGGUAGUUUCAAUGAAGCUGUUGAUCUUAGAAAAGAAGAAGUUGAGCAGUUGAUAGUUAACCUUAUACUCGACAAUGUUUUGAAAGAAGAAUUUCAGCACACAGCAUAUUCAACCAACGCUUAUGUUACCUUAGGAGCAUUGUGGAAGCCAGCACUACAAGGAAACAGAGUAGUCAAGCUUGAGAUUGCUAUUGCUUCUAAAGAUAGAGAUGUUAGAUCCAAGGGCGCAAAACGAGGUCGCAUGAGUGAUUUGGAAGCCAAACUAGAUGAACUGCGUAGGGAUCUGUCAUCCACGGGUAGCGAUGCCAUAUUUCCCCAUGCAGUUCUUACUGCGCAACAAAUUUCACUACUGAGCAGCCAGAAGCCAACCACUCCAGCUGAGCUAGAAAAGGUUAUAGGGAAGGUGAAGACAAGGAAGUACGGCAGCAAGAUCAUUGAGCUGAUGAGGUCACAUGACAAUUCAGGAAGUGGCCGAGGCAAGGAGGCUGGCGAUGAACACAGAGCUAAGAAGAUCAAAACGAAGGAUGAGGAUGUUGUUUGUGUUGAGAGUAGCGAGGAAGAAUAGAAUAUGCCCUUCACAUACUUGGCUUUUUAGUCUAUCAUCUCAUGGUUAAUUAUUUUGCCAAUCAUUUCCUCCGACGUCAUCUUUCUGUAAUUUAGACUUUCACGGAUUAAUGCACAGUCAUAUUUCUUACAGAGAAAGCCUCGAGCAUCCUUUUGACCGGUUCAUAGUCUUUUGCUUCGGUAGCUUUGUAUCUUGUUGAUGAUCGGAUUAAUGUGCGAAUACUUGGGAUUAAUGUGCGAAAACUUUGUGCCAA